AUGAAUAAUGUAUAUGAAGAGCUAGAUGAAGCUAAAAAUGAAAUUGAAACACUCAAAGUAGAACUUAGAGGCAAGACAAGUUCAUUUAAGAACUUGAAAAGUUCUCAUGAUGCAAAAGUCAAUAUAAUAGAAGAAGCUCUUUCCAAAGUUGAGAAGCUUGAACAAGAAUUGCACGAAAAAGCGCAUGAAUUCACUUACUCAGAGCAAUUACAUGAAUAUCACAACUCAAAUUUGAGUCCGGUGGAGCGCAGAGAGCAACAACGAACUAAUAAUCGGUUAAAACAGUUUAAGCCAUGUACAAAGGAAUGUGAGUUGGAAAAAUCUACAUUGCUUGAUGAAAUUUUCUUAUUGAAAUCAAAGUUAGAUUCUCAAGUUAUAAUAUCACAAGAUCUACAAUAUCAAUUACAAAUGUGUAAACAAUUACUUGCACAUGAAGAAAGCCAGAGAAAGUCUUUGGAAGUUGAAGUUUUAGACUUGAAAUUACAAAUUGAAUUUGUAAAUUCUCAGAAAGACGAAGAUGUUGACGAUCUUACACAUGCAUUGAAAUACUCAAAUGAGGAGUUAGAGCAAGAAAAUCAUCAAUUAAGGAAGUCUUUAAGAGAAUUUCAGGAAUCUCACGAAGCGAAAGCUUCAUAUUCUCUUUCGACGUUGCGAUCAAAUCUUAGAGGUUUGGAACAAACUCACAAAGAGUGUGUCUCGAUUUUUCAAACUAGACAAGCUGGCUGGAGUUUUAAGCUAGAACAAAUGUCAGAAAAUAUCGAAAACUAUCGGUAUGCAUUAGAAACUAAAGCUACAACAAUAGAAAAGCUCGAAACGGAGUUGGAAUGUUCUGAUUCUUCUAAUAUUGAGCUGAUGUUGUUGAAUGAGGAGAUGUAUGUGAUGUUACUAGUCUUAAAAGAAGGGAUUUAUGAAUACAAUGAAGUACAACAAUCGGUGAAUAAUGAACGCAAUUACCACAAGGUAAUGCUUGAAGAAUCGACAAAGUGUCGAACCAAAAUUGAUUUGAAAGAACAACAUAGGGGAGUCUAUGGUGGUUUAGAAAAACCAAACAUUGAAUUGGAUGGGGAAACAUAUGAAAUAAGUGAAAUAGAGUUCGAAUUACAAAUGUGGAAAUCGGUGGUUGAAAGUUUGAGGAAUGAUCUCGAAGAAAAUCGUGUAAUACGAAAAGCACUUGAAAAAUCACUACUUACACAAGUAGAUUUUAGUGAAAGCCUCAAGCAAGAGAAAGAUAGCUUGGAUAAUAAGUUAGAAGCAAAAGAAAAUGAAAUAGAUUAUUUGCAACUACAUGUUUUUGUAUUGGAGCAUGAACUAAAAGCAAGGGAAACAAAAACUUAUGAACAAGAACCAUUUAGAAGAGAGUUUGAGAGAGAGAAUCAUAUAAAGAGAAAAAAUAUGGCAACAAAUGAACUCAUGCGACAUGUUACUUCAUUGGAAAAGAAAUUCACUACUUCAUUGAUACCUUUUAAUUCACAAUUAGAUGAGAAACAUGCUGAAAUUAUUCUAGUACAAGAAAUUUGUGAUAAGUUAUCAGAAGCUGAGGCUUUAGCUAUUAUUGAAUUUGAAGAGAAGAAAUUGAUGAUGGAAGAACUUGAGGAUGAUAUUAAUGACAUGGAGGAUAAACUAAAAUUGCAAGAAGAGAAUUUGAAUCAAUUGAAACAACUUGCAUUGGAUAUUGAAAUGAAAAUAGAUUCCAAACAGUUAAGAAUAAAGGAGUUGAAUGAUCAAAUGGAGAAUAAGCUAAGAGGCUCAGAUGUUUUGCUUCAAAAAAUCAAGAUGGAGAAUGAAAGUUUGCUUGAAAAUGGUGCAAGAUUAUCACUAGAAAAGGAAACUUUGUUGGGUUUUGUUAUGGAAUUAGGUGAUAAAAUGAGUGAUUACGCAGCUGCAGAUACUAAUCUCGCUGAUGUGUGGAGAAAUUCGGUUCAAUCUUUUGAGAAAGAUUGUGUAGGAGAAACGAAUUUUAAAAAUGAUGAUGGAUUGUUUGUAAAAGAGAAUAUGAUAGUACAUUCUCCUACAAGGUUAAAUAAAUCUAUUUCUCUGAUUUAG